AUGGCCAGUAACAAAGUUGCCUUCAUUAAACAUCAGGCUCCAGAGUUCGAUGCGAUACUGGGCCCCAAUCCCCCAGAACCACAAGUUUCGAUACUCGCAGACGAGGGUCCUGCCGGUUUGCAUCUUUAUCAUGAAGCUUGCGUCUAUCACCAACCGACGCGUAGCAUCUUUGUGACCUCGGACCAGAUGACAAAUCUUAAGCAUAUCAAGCUCUCCCGAGUAUAUGAUACGUAUCAAGGUUCUUCCACAGAAUCAAAUGCUGCCAAAGUCGAGCGCAUCACGUUUCCACAUAUUGACGGUGCCAUGCUGAAUGGCGGCGUUAAUUUCGGUCGUGAUCACAUUCUCUUCUGUGCUCAGGGAUCAAAAAUCCCGAGUGAUCCUUCGGGUAUCAUCAAGGUCGCGGUUCCACCUGAGGGUAGUAGUGACACUACAUCAGAGGCCAUGAUCAGCUCUUUCUAUGGGAUUUCAUUCAAUUCACCUAAUGACGUGGUUGUACAUCCGGACUCCUCCAUCUGGUUUACAGAUCCUCAGUAUGGAUUCUACCAGGGCAUUAGGCCUGCACCAGAGCUGCCCAAUCAAGUCUAUCGUUAUGAUCCUAGUAGUGGAUCCAUUCGGGUUGUUGCAGAAGGCUUUGUACGGCCAAACGGUCUCUGCUUUUCACCUAACUUCAACACGGUAUAUAUAACAGACACAGGUGCAGACCCUGGCUCACCCCCAUUCGAUCCGGCGGGCCCUUCGCAUAUCUAUGCAUUUGAUAUUGUCCUCCCUGAAGGGCAGACUGAACCGCAGUUGGUAAACCGUCGUGUAUUCGCGUAUGCCCCUGGAAAAAUGCCAGAUGGAAUCAAAUGUGAUACCCAUGGCAAUGUCUACGCUGGAUGCGGGGAUGGGAUUGAAGUGUGGAAUCCUAGUGGUGUUCUUAUCGGCACGAUUCAAAUUCCAGGUGGAAUGCGGUUCGCACUCAGCCAGAUUGUCCGUCCAGUGGAUCGUAUGCUUUAG